GGGUUUAUGGACUGCCACCAUGUUACGGAGCCAGUUGUUAGUAUUAUUGACCGUUAUUUCAAUUCGAGAAGGUUCUAGUCAGCCUACAUACUGGUAUCACUAUACGAGGAGUUAAUGAGUAUCAUCACGAAUGAAGGAACUUGCGCUAAAUCCGUCCAGAAAUCGUCGAAAUGAGUCACGUGGAUCCGCAUCAAACCCCCAGCGAAGACGACGGACUGGCCUGUCUGCGCUUGCGCCGAAUGAGGCUUUGCGGAAAGUCCAGUCCGAAGCAAAGAUGGCGCUUACAUGUAAAGUACAGUACUUGGACGACACUGAUCCGUUUGCCAGUACUAAUUUUCCAGAGCCAACCAGGCCGCCAACGUACACAUUUCACCUGAAUAUUGCUCUGUGCCAGCAAGUAGACGGAUUACAUCGGCUGUUAUGUGCGCCGCAUGCUAUCGACGACGUCGCACUACAGCUGUCUCAUAAUGGGUGUUACUUAGAAUUGGAAAAUACGCUUGAAGAACAAGCAGAUCUAUUGGAAGGCUUCCUCGACAGCCGCAAAAAUACAAUAAUACUACGGACUUCGCUGUCUGUUCGCGUCCACAACUGUAUAGGACGACAAGGACCUGGUACAUGAGUUUGUAAAUUCAGAUGGACUCAACGCGCUCAUCACGGUCGGUCAAGAUGCCGAUCAAAAUUAUCAAAAUUAUAUUCUUAGAGCUAUUGGACAAAUUAUGCUGUAUGUGGAUGGAAUGAAUGGAGUUAUCAAUCACAAUGAAACCAUCCAAUGGCUUUAUUCUCUUACUGCGUCAAAGUUCCGCCUGGUGGCGAAAACUGCGCUCAAGUUACUCCUCGUCUUCAUCGAGUACACUGAAAAUAACUCUAGAUUUUUGUACGAGGCUGUGCAAGUCGUUGAUGAUGCGCAAGGAGUAAGAUGGUGGUCAGAGAUCGUGGGAAUUUUAGCCGAGAAGGAGUCGCUGGGCGACGAGGAGAUUCUAACAUAUGCCAUAACACUCAUUAAUAAAGUGUUAUAUGCUACUCCAGAUCAGGAUACGUUCUAUGACAUUAUAGAUGCGCUUGAGGAGCAGGGGAUGGCUGAUGUCGUGAAGUCGCAUCAGGACAGAAGGGGAUCAAAUAUCGACUUUUUAGAACAGCUUAAUGUAUAUGAGAUGGCAAUUAAAAUCGAAGAUGGAGACGAGGAUUUAUCAUCGUUUACUAGUUCACCGUCCAUCAGACAAAGACGGCGAACGACGACCACAGAUCCGAGAGGAGGAGAACGAAGAAAGAGUCGCCGGCACAACUCUGUGAGUAAGCUGGACCUUAUCUCUGGUCACAAUGAUUUUUCUGCUAUCAGUCGAAUCGGGUCUUUAGACAGUGGACUACUGCACAAGGUAUCGAGUGCACCGGAUGUGACGUCACGGUUCGGUGAGCGACCUCCUUCACCCGUCAGGUCCCUGGGAAGCUCGUCACCGUCGUCUUCUACUCAGGAGAUGGAUGAGAUUGAUGAGAAGGAAAGAAGUAGACAGGCGAGAAGAGAGCGACGAGCAGCCAGACGUGCAGCAUUGGGCAUUGCCCCUGAAAGAGAAACAACAUCAACCCCUACAGUAAACAACAACACCACUAUCGAAAACAACAAUAACAACUACAAAUACCAUGAUGAGGGUAAAGGAGGUCACUUGGACAUACCACGUAAUGGAGGGGAUAUGACGUCAUCUAGGACGUCACCGUCAUCGUCACCAAAGGUUUCACCAAGGGCCUCGCCUAACGCCUCACCACAGUUCGCGCGGAGAAGAGACAGAUUCAAUCAUGUAGAGGAGAAAGACGAAACACCACAGAAAAAGGUCCCGAGAACUUGGGAAGAGCGUCGAAGAGCGAAAGAAGAAGCGAAGAAACAUGAAAAUCAAACAGACAAACACGACCCUGAAAACAAGACUUUUUCUCGAAUGGGAACGCCAAGAGAAAACAACGCCACUGAAACAGGAUCCAUGAAAAUCAACACAAGUAAAUUACGGUCCGACAAUUCGUCUUCAGAAGAAAGUAUUAGUGCUAGAAAUGCGGAAAACGAAGCUCAUAAACGAGAAAAGCCUAGACAACGUCUUGUUGAUAGUGCUAGAGAUAGUAGUGCUAGUGAGAAAGAAGAACCAAAGUCACCCAGACGAACACCAAUGCUGAACGAGAUCGGAAGAAUAUCCAGUGUUACUGAUAAAGGUGGUAUUCGCUCGCCGCCUCUCGACCGGCGGGAAAGCUCCGAAAAGAGGUCUAGUAUUUGUGAAGGUUUUAACAAGAAAAUGAUGUUAUCUAUGUUGUAUCAGACAUCGACUGAUGAUCUUUUUGCUAAGAAAUCCGACUCAUCAUCGACUGGGGAAUCGGUUCACGAUCGACGUGCUCGGUUGAUGAGCGGCGGAGAUUCGGAAGUUAAUAACAACGAGAAUGCUGUAGGUACGGACUUGGCUACCAACUCCGUGCAAGAUACGAUCAAGAAGCUGGGCUCGUUGGAAGAAGAAGCAAAAGACUCGACAACACCUGAGGGGAACUUUGAAGGGUUGUUAAAACAAGCGAAGAAGAAUCUCUUGAAGGAGGACCAAGAGCUCGAGGAAGAAGCAGCCCAGCUAGAAGCCCAGAGAAUAGCAGAGGAGGAGAGAAGACGAAAAGAGGAGGAGGAAGAGAUUGCCAGGCAAGCAGCUGAGGAGGCUGCACGGCUACAAGAACUGGAAUGGGAGCGAAUGAUCACCUUAAAACGUUCACUUAUCAUCAAUGACUUUGAUUUUACGGAUCUUUUAGACGAGGAUGACGUGGAUGUUUUUGAAUCUAAUGAUCACCAUGACGAAACAGACGCACCCCCACCCCUUUCGUAUCUUGGAGGAAUGGCCCCUCCACCACCACCCUUGGGAAUGAUGUGUCCACCACCUCCUCCCCCAGCCCCAGAGGGGAUGCCCCCUCCCCCACCUCCAGGGGUUCCAGGACACUUGAACAAGUCAAACAAGAAAAAACUGGUUCGGUUGUUUUGGCAGGAAGUGAAGAACUCGCCGCUCAUUAACGGAGUCAAUAAAACGAUAUGGGGCAAUAUUGAUAAGGUUGAUAUUGACACUAAGAAACUAGAACAUUUGUUUGAGAAUAAAACAAGCGCCAAGUUAAAGCAAAGAUCCGAGGGUGACGAAAAAGACAAAAGAAAAGAGAUUGUUGUUCUUGACUUGAAGAGAUCACAGACAAUCAACAUCGGAUUGACCAAACUACCGCCCGUUAGAACACUGAAACAAGCUAUCAUUAACAUGGAUAGCACUGUGAUUGACAGGGAGGGAGUGGAGAAAAUUCUUCAGCUGCAGCCGACGCCUGAAGAAAAGACCAAGAUACAAGAAGCACAGUUGGCAAAUCCCGACAUUCCUUUGGGGACUGCUGAACAGUUCCUACUUACCAUGGCCUCUCUUAACGAACUCGCACCCAGACUACAAUUAUGGUUAUUUAAACUCGAUUAUGAUUCACUCGAAAAGGAAGUAGCUGAACCACUGAUGGAUCUCAAGGAAGCCCUCGAAGAAAUCAAUAAGAACAAAACAUUCAAACAUAUUCUGGCAACGCUGCUGGCCAUUGGAAACUUUCUUAACGGCAAACAGGUGAAGGGAUUCCAGUUGGACUAUUUAUCUAAAGUCCCCGAGGUCAAAGACACGGUCCACAAACAUUCUCUGUUGUAUCACUUGUGUUGUAUGGUGAUGGACAAGUUUCCAAACACUACUGAUCUCUACAGUGAACUAGGAGCUUGUCAUCGAUCUUCGCGGGUGGAUUUUGAUAUAGUUGCCGAAAAUCUGAAGAAACUAAAAGAAAACUGUAAAAAAUCCUGGGAACACCUGAGUGUCGUGGCCAAACACGACAGCACGAAACAGCUCAAGAGCAAAAUGACUGAAUUACUGACUGACGCUCAAGAAAGAAUAACCAUCCUCAAAGUAGUACACAGACGCGUCAUUAACAGGUUUCGCAAGAUGCUUCUUUAUUUGGGAGUCUCUCCGACUGUAACCAAGAAAACAAAGGUGCACGAGUUUUGUAAAAUCAUCAGCGAGUUUUCGUUGGAGUAUAGAACAACGAGAGAAAAAGUUCUGGAACAAAAGAAAAAGAGAGAAAACAUCAGAGAGAGAAAUAAAACGAGGGGAAAACUCAUCUACGCAGAGUCGUUCCGAUCCGCUGGACGGUCACCGAGCGAAGAACGAGUCGACGAAGCGUUCAAGAAGGCUCUGUUUUCAAAUGAAGACCAGUUAGACGGCUGUAAAGAAAAACUGAAAAGUUCCACCCUUCCGAACCGUAGUCGAACCAGGUCGAAUCGUUCUUCUCAAAGCCAUGAUGAGUUUCCGGAUGAUAAUACCGAUGAAGUGAUGGACAUGCUGGUAAAAUCAGCUACCGCCCCUAACACUAAAACGAGGGUGCGCACGCGCAAUCGAACAGCAAACUCCAACCGGAAGUCAGCUCGCCGAACGCUCAAGGGUGGAAUAAGCGCAGAGGAUUUAGAAAAACUAUCAAAGCAGGUCAAAAACUUCGAAAGCAAAUAACAUUGGUUCAACCAUAGAUAAUUGUUUUAGAUUUAAUGACUAUUUUUAGUAACUGUGGUUUAUACAUAGUUUGGUUUUCAGCUUUUGAUUUAGAUAGCUUCAAGGCUUUUAACAUUGAUGUAGAUUUUCGUAGUCUCGGAAUUUUACUACAUUUUUAAAAUUUUCCUCUCGUUAAAGGACGAGCGUGCCUGUGCUCGCAGUCGCCGCAUCCCUUUUAUCACAGAAUAUGUCGUAGUUUGUGGUAGUUGUAAAAAAAAAUUGUAAAGCAAUUUGUUGAAUUGAAUUGAAGAUGAAAUGAAAAUGAACAUUUCGUCUUCUAUAAUUAUGCCAUUUGGAAAGAUAUUAUAUCAGUGCAGAACAUUCACUUAAAAUGCCUACCCACCCACUCCUCUCCACGUACGUUUUUGUUUCCCCAUGGGGGGAGGGGAGAGAAGGAAGGAAACAGGGACAUUCGAGGUGCGCUUCUCCUUUUUUAUGUAAAUUGUUUUAGAAAUUACUUUUCUUUCUUUUUCAAUUGUAAAUCUUUUUAAUGCUCUCUCUGUUUCGGAUCAUAUUAAGGCGCCUAAAAGUGGCAAAAUUGAUGUAAUUGUGCCAGCCAAAAAAAUAGCCCAGCUGUUGGUCGCGUGACUAUUCCAACAAGUAUUGUUUCAUAUUCAAAAGAAUUAGUCAACGUUUUUACGUCUUAGAUUUAUUGUGCCUUUUAUAUUCGUAACUCUCAAACUUGUCUUAUAUGGUUAAUACCGAUUUUAGUAAAAAUUUCGAUUUCUGGUGAUUUUGCCAUUGAUCGGGUUUCCUGUCGGAAAUAUGUCACGCGACCAAUCAUAUCACGUGGUCUAGUUUUUGUUUUUAUAAUCAUUUCAUGUCGUAAUGGUAUGUAAUUAUAGAAUAUUCCACAGUCACGUGUUUUUACGGUCUAUCCAUUUUAUUCCAAAAUAAUAUAAAAACAGAAUUUUUAUGUAUAUAUUGAUAAGGUAUAGAAUUAUAAUCAACGGUUAAUCGCUUGAUUCUUAGUUAUUAAAUUAUUCGCUUGUUGCUAUUGAAACCUGUGCCAGCGGCUGUUUUUUUUUUUUUUUUUGUUUUUUUUUGUUUCCAAAACGACCAUUGUGCCUUUUGUGUCAGAGUAAGUUUUGCACUGCAUUCUGAAUGUCUGAAAAAUUUGAAAUAUUUCAUCUCUAAAAUAAUUUUCUUUAUUAAUAAAAUUCAGGCUCAGUUCUGAAGUUCCAUGUUGUAAAACUACAAUUCUUUGUUUGGGUUGUAUCCAUAUUUCGUGUUUAUUUUUCAUGUGCAACUGUUAAAUAAAAACCAAAACGUGAUGUACUCUUUGGAUUGGCACGUAAUCUGAAAUGGGGAUGAAAACAUUACCCAAGCUGAGAAAAGUCUGUUGAUUUUUUUUAACUUUUAGUUGUUUCGGGUAAACCAUUUCUUUCGUGUAUAAAACGGGAAAAGGGUGCUGUUCAUCUUUAUUUUUUCUUUUGUGUAAGUUAUUUUUGUUUCCUUGUAGAUAUAACUAAUACAGCAUCAACAAAACCCAACAAAUCCUAAAACAUUCAUUCUAAUGUAGUAGGUCUGUUAUGAUACUUUAGGCAGGCUCUAAACUUAUCAUUAACAGCGACUUUGGGAAUGAUUUCAAAUGUAUUGUUCGAUAGAUUGGUUUUGUACUGUAAUGUGAAGGUUGUGAGAAGAGAUAAGACAUGUCAAUAGAUGUCUAUAGUAUUGAGCAUUUAGAGUAAUAAAAAAGGUUAAAAAGAAAUCAA